UUAAUAUCUAAAUGAGGCAUGAUAAACAUAGUUUUUGAGUGAUUUUCACUGUAGUUUCCAGCUUUUUGGAUCUUCCAUGACUGUGUAUGUGAAGACUUUUCUUCAUGUGUCUCGGCCAAUAAGUAGAAAAUUUGUUUACCAUGCAUAUAGUGGGCGCCCUGUGCUUGAAAUGUUUACCAAGGUGAGUAAAACGGGGGGGAGGGAAUCUGGUAUACUGGUCUGGUAUAGGCGUUACAUCUCUGAGCUCUAUAAACAACUGAAGUGAUCCAACAACUGACCUCUAUACAUACAACUGAAUCUCUCAUGUUUUCUUUUCCUUCUUCAGGAGAAUUGCUCUCUAUGUGAAGAAGCAAAAGAAACAUUAAAACCAUAUCAGCAUUUGGUAAGUGGGCAUUAUAAAUAUAUGUUCGUCCUGAAAUUGUGAACUGUGACGAUGGAAGGUCGGAAGGACACUGCCCCCCCCUGCAAUAAUUUCUGCAAGCCUUUGAAUGAUAGUUGAAUAACAAUGUUGGAACAAUAAUUUUUAAACCACAAAAUCAUUGCAGAUGGUGAAAAUCACUCAGUUAUCCAGCUACAGAGGGUGGUUAUAUAUUGGCAACCUAAAUUCAUCCCACACACCUCCCAAAAUGUCCACCACCAACAAUCACUGGUGCAUCCAGAUAUAUUGUGAGCUCAACGAGACACUCUUACUUCAGUUACAUAUUACGUUCAGUGGAGGAUACCAAAUUUGUCAGUUUUAAUUAUAUAGAUCAGUUGUAAUGCAAUCACUAAGUUAUCCAGCGACAGAAGGUGAUUUAUAUAUUAGUAGUACCUAAAUUCACCACACACACCUCCCAAAGUGUCCACCACCAACAAUCACUGGUGCAUAUAAAUUGAGGUGGUUGACAUCCCCUUCAAACCCAAAAUGUCCAUGCCUAACAAUCACUGGUGCAUAGCGAGGUGGUUGCAGGCAGAAGGGUAUCCCGCGACUAGCAAUGACUGGUGCAUGGUGAGGUGGUUGCCCCAACCCACAAAGGUGUCCACCAUAACAAUCACUGGUGCAUAGCAAGGUGGUUUGCCGCCCCGAACCCCAAAGUGUCCACCACUAACAAUCACUGGUGCAUAGCAAGGUGGUUUGCCCCGAACCCCCAAAGUGUCCACCACUAACAAUCACUGGUGCAUAGUGAGAUGGUUGCUCCCCCCUGACCCACAAAGUGUCCACGACUAACAAUCACUGGUGCAUAGUGAGAUGGUUGCCCCCCCCCCUGACCCACAAAGUGUCCAUGACUAGCAAUGACUGGUGCAUAUAAGUGAGAAGGUGUUCAUGUUAUUCUAUGUAGAUUCCAUGUAUAAUUGCAACCUUUUCUCUUUUAUAUAAAGUUCACAUUGAAGGAGGUUGAUAUUACCCUGGCUGAAAACAAGACAUGGUUUGAUAAAUAUAAAUAUGACAUUCCUGUAUUCCACCUGGAGGGACAUUAUCUGAUGAGACAUAGAGUACACCAUGGACUGCUUCACAAAAAAUUGGAUGAAUUUUACAAUAGAUUAAAAUAAGACAUAGACAAUGUGUAAUUAAUGCUACGAACAAUCAUUUUAAAUAAGAAAGGGAUAUAAUAUAUUUGUUCAUUUUGCUUUUGACCUUCAGACAACAAUGUUAAAUGGCUGGUACAGGUGGACUUCAGUCUUGCCUGUCGUGCUACACAUGGUGGGCAACUUCAAAUGGUUUUCGAUUUAUCAGUGCAAACAAAUGAUGCUCAAUGUUCCCAUUAAAACUCCACAAAAACACAAGAUACAUUUCAAGUCGGUCAACACCAUGUGAUGCACUUUGAAUCUUACUUCAACCACAGUAUAGGAACAAGUAGGGCCACUCAGGGGAGACAAAAGUGGGAUUUUUUUAAGCUAGGUCCCUGAUGUCUUGCACAGUCAAAACCAUUUACUCUGUAAUACAAUUUUACAGUGAACUGCUGCCGUUUACUGACUGCCAAUAUGUUAAUUAGGUUGGCAGUCAGUAAACAAUGCAGACACUUUUUGACGCUGAGUGGUGGCCCUAAUAGCCGUUGUCUCCCUACUGUGUUUCAACCCACCCACCCAUAAUAUAAGUUCUAAUUGUAUCAUUUUAUAAUUACAAAUUAAUUUUACUAAUGUCUUCACUGUGUUUCACCUUUUAACAGCAUAAACACUUUCUAAAAUUAAAGCAUGAAGCAAUUUAGCUUCAUGCUAAUUUCUUCUACAAAAAGUCAAGUUAGUUGUAGCCCAAGGUAUCAUUUUUUAUUUCUUGUUUUCAUAAUAACACUUUGAACAAAAGCCAUUUUUACCAGGCGUGCCGUAGAAUGAACAUGCAGGUGCUCGACAUUCUACAGACAUUUCUUGUAAUGUUUUCGCUGUGUUUGAAGAUUUCCCUGCAAAACUUGGAGGGUGAAAAACUUCUUCACCAACUGCCUCAGAAUAUGACGGAGGAUCAUAUGACGGCCGGGGACCUUGGAACUUUCCAAAUGAUUUGGACUGAAGUUGAAAACAUUUUGUACACAGAUAAUUAUUUGCAACAGUACCAUACAGAUCACAAUCAUCAUUUGCACAUUUCAAACUUGGUGUCGAUUUCAUUGGUUCAGCUAGUUUAGUUUCUUUUUCAAAAUCAAAUCUUUCCUUUGCUUUUUCUAAAUAUCCUGUGAUAACCUCUUUAUAGAAACUUGGUUGGUUAUCACACGGAAGAACGGCAACAGGAACUUUGCGAGGGGAAUUCACUUGACUAUCUUGUGUCUUAUUGCUUGUAUUUGUUUGAUUGUCUCCUGUCCCACUGCUCAUAUUACUGACAUUAUUUUGACCUGAUACUUGCUGUACAUUUACGUCAAUUUCAACAACAUCAAGGUACUUUUUAAGUAGUGACAUUCGCUCUUCAUCUGUUAGACUUUUCUCCUUGAUAAUAUCCUCACUAUUUUCAUUCUCUAACCAAUUCCAGUUUGGGCCCGGGUCUGCGGCAAAUGGCAAUGGUAAAGUUUUUAAAUCUUUAUCCACAAGAGGGAUUGCUACAUGAAUGGAUGUGUUUGAGGGCAAGGUCAAUUUUGGCACGCUGGUUGGACUUAACGACUUGGCUGCUUGAAGGAAGGUGGAUUUUGUUACUUGAUAAAUCGAAGACAUGGCUGUUUGGAUGGCUGACGCUGUAUUUGUUGUGGGUGGAGAGUUGGAGGGUCUAUCAGAUUUGGUACCUGAAGAC